AUGCAGGCUGCGGCAGCCCGCGCUCCGCAGCGCAGCGUCAGCGGCACCCGCUGCCGUCGUCGCAACGCCGGCACUGGGCGCUGCCGGCUCGCACCCCGCGCCAGCACGGCCGGCUCCAGCGGCCCUGCCGAUCCCGCGGCCUGGGGGGCGACGCAGGGGGCGGUGGGCAGCGCACCCGCCAACCGCGACAACGGCCUGCUGGAGCUGCCGGGCGGCGCGCUCUGGUGGCAAAACAUCAACAACAGCGCCACCACACCGCUGUACGGCACCAACUUCAACUUUGUGCUGCAGCGCCCCACGAUUGGGGGGCCCGGGCUGGUGCGCGCGGUGCAGCAGCCCAAGCCCGUGCAGCACAGCCAGCCCGCGGCCGCGCCGCCUGUGGUCUGGGCCGCGCCCGUCGGCGGCACGGGGCUGGCGCUGGCCGGCAGCAGCCUGGGCAGCGGCAGCCUGGUGAUCGACACAGAGUUCGAGGUGCUGCCGCCCUCGGCGCCGCCGGCACCCGCUGUGCAGCCCAACACCACCUGUGUGGGCCUGGUGUGGCAGCCCUCUGCCGAGGCCGAGGACGGCGAGGCCGAGCCGGCACGCGCCAAGCUGCGCCGCAGCAGCAAGCACCCGCGCCGCACCCAGCAGCUGCGCUUCACGUGCAACCUGUGUGGCGAGGUGAACGACGCGGCGGUGAACCCGCACGCCUGGAAGGCUGGCUCCGUGUUUGCGCGCUGCCAGGGCUGCACCGCGGUGCACAAGCUCAAGGACAACCUCAACAUCUUCCACGAGCUGGCGGGGCCCGUGUUCCCGCCCCGCGAGCUGCGCGCCAACUACCUGGUCCAGGAGAUACUGGAUCGCAUCCAGGAGCACAACCGCAACUGA